UCUGUGUGAGGCAAUUGAGGAAGAAGCUCUUGGAGAGCUCCUCUGGGUGUGGGUGAGGGGCUCAAUGGGCCACACAGUGGAGCUUCACGGAAAAUUGCGAGCGUAUUCAGUGGUAUAAAAGAUGAGGACUGGUAUUUUUGGUCAGUGUCUCUCUGAGCGGCAGUCAGUUACAAACCGACAAUCAAAAUGGAUGACGAUCAGAAAAUGGAUAUCAUCAGGAAGGCUUUCCAGAUGUUCGACACCCAGAAAUCUGGCUUCAUCGACACUUUGAAGAUAUCCACAAUUCUCACGUCCAUGGGCCAGCCUUACGAUAAGACGGAGCUGCAGACACUCAUCUCGGAUAAUGAUCCUGAUCAGACCGGAAAGGUGAACUUUGACGGUUUCGCGCGCAUCGCCGGUCACUUCCUGGAGGAAGAGGACGCCGAGGCGAUGCAGCAGGAACUGAAGGAGGCCUUCAGGCUGUACGAUCGCGAGGGUAACGGCUACAUCACCACCAGCACCCUAAAGGAGAUCCUCGCUGCCCUCGACGAUAAGCUCUCCAAUGCUGAUUUGGAUGGCAUCAUCGCAGAAAUCGACACUGACGGCUCCGGAACGGUCGAUUUUGAUGAAUUCAUGGAAAUGAUGACUGGAGACUAAGUUAAAAGCAUCCACCAUCGCGAGAGAGCAUUUUCAGAAUGCCGUGACGCCCAUUUGAAAAGGAUGAAAGUGCAACCAAAACUAUCAGUAUCGCACUUUUGGAUUGUGAGUAUCACUGAAGACUCUGUUGAAUGUUUAUGACAAUAAAUCU